GUUUACUUUCGAUUGAGACGAAGAUAACAUCUACCAUCCUCCAGCAACACUUCGUCUACAUCCGCCAAAAUGACGAAGCGCACAAAGAAGGUCGGCGUGACCGGCAAGUACGGUACUCGAUACGGUGCAUCCCUCCGAAAACAAGUCAAGAAGAUGGAAAUCACCCAACAUUCCCGAUACAUCUGCACCUUCUGCGGGAAGAACGCAGUCAAGAGACACUCGGUCGGAAUCUGGCAAUGCAAGAGCUGCAAGAAGACUAUCGCUGGAGGCGCAUGGACUGUUUCUACUCCCGCUGCCGCCGCUACGAGGUCGACCAUCAGACGAUUGAGAGAAAUCGCGGAGGUGUAAAAGCAUUUUAGAAGUAUGGGCACGGAACGGUUUCUUUGUCGAACACGCGGGGUUUUUAUCAUCUGAAAUAGCACGAGCAGAAUCACAGAAAGAUUCGCAUGAAAAGCGGUCACCCUCUGAAACAGGACAAUCAGCUUCGCCUCGUCGAAAGCCGUCAUUGUCAAUGGCCGAUCCGAAAUCGAUAGACCUCAAUCGAAUCAUCGAAUGAAGUUCCGCCAUUCCCUGCGUCUUCCAUUCCUCUCCUCUCC